AUGGCUGAGAUUCAAUCAUCAAACACAGUCUCCGUUGGUACCCCGCCUACCACGGAUUCCGCCGACAAACGGCAAUCACAGCAGCGAGGGCCUCCAUUGCAUCAGAUCUACGCCCUCCCGGCACCGAUCCGCACAUUUCCUUUGCCGGCCUUUUAUCCGAAUAACCCCAUAUCCUUCUUCCAUGUCGCGUAUGCGUGGUUAGGCCAACUGUGGUCUCCGCCUAAAGCGGAACCUUCGGUUGUGCAUAAUGGUGUAUGGUCUGCUGCUACAUCAUCCGUCCACAUCACGGAUGAUGCUUCUACCCGAGCUUUGUGGGAGCAAGGCUUCUACGGGAAGGGUAGUCUAAGUCGUAGUGAGCCAGCUUGGUUAAAGCGUGAACAAGUUCGCCAAGGACUAGCUGAUGCACACGUCAGCGAGAUUAUGACUGUGCAGAGAAGAGAGGAGCGUAUGCGUGCCAAGUGGGAACGAGCACGUCUCGAGCAAGAGGCGAUCCGAGAGACCCGCCGUAAGGAAGCGGAAGAAACCAAAGCGAGAGAGAUCAAAGCACGAGAAGCCAAAGCCUUUGAAGCCAAGGAACGAGAGCUACGUGCCAGAGAGUCGAAAGACAUCGCAGAGCCCAGGUCCAUCAAACCUAUUUCGCUGUCGGCUGCCCUUCCAACUUACGAGUCACCUGUCAGCCCUGCUGCACUUUUGGCUCUGCCAAAUUCACUGGUGGACAUUUUUAAGCCAACGCCUAUCAAGCCGGUCAACCUGCCUGUGUCCACUCCUACGCAUGCUUCGCCAGUGUGCCCUGCGACUAUCCUAGGCAUGCCGAACUCUGCUGCAGAAAUUGUCGAAGAGUCUGCCAUCGAGACAGCUGAAGAGAUCGACGGUCUCGGAAUAUCCGGAGUCCAUCCAACGGCGAUGGGUCUGUCUGUGGAUACCCUCCUCAAUGGUCAUGUCAUGGAACCAGUUGCGAACGGCAUCCUUCACCAUGAUGCGAAUGGCACUUCCGUGGUUGCAUCUUCGUCAGACGAGGAAGACAACACUAAGCCCAAGAAGCGACGUAAGAGUGUACGAUUCUCGCCAACAGUGGAAUCAACCACUUUCCACUUUGGUGAUCCCCCUAGCCCCAAGCGUUCGACGCCGAAUGGCACGCCUAACGGGCUUGCCGAUAUUCGCGCUGCGUCACCCGUGGCUUUAAACGGACAAAAUGAAGAGAACUCUUUGGAGCGUACUAGCAAGCCAGUGCUGAAGAACAUGGAACACCUCCAGCUGACGCCAGAGGAGGCUUUCUUUUUGAGCUUCGGUUUGGGUGUUCUGACGGUCACCGAUCCUUCCUCGGGUGCCCAGCUCUCAUCUUCGGACCUGUUGAGACUCUUCAGACAACAUUCGUACUUCCCACCUCGAGUUGAACCUGCGGAUCCCGCGCUUCAGCCUGACGACAACUUCCUCAUUCACUAUGCAGUGUAUCAUUACUUCAGAUCGCUCGGUUGGGUACCUCGUGCAGGCAUCAAGUUUGGCGUGGACUGGCUGCUUUAUGCUAAGGGCCCGGUCUUUGACCACGCCGAGUUCGGUCUGAUCGUCGUUCCAUCUUAUUCUCAUGCCCUUUGGAAAGAGGCUGGAAAACAGGACCCUCAGAAGACAUGGCAGUGGCUCCAUGGCACGGUGCGCGUUCUGUCACACGUCACCAAGAGUCUUGUUCUGGUGUACGUUGAUGUACCACCACCGUCGAAAUUUGAGAAGGCUUUGGAGCAGGGAGUCGCUGAAGCAUUGAAGCUAUACAAAGUCAGAGAAGUGAUGGUGAAGCGAUGGUUGACAGCUUACAGCUGUAGAGCUCUCCCUCGCGGACUCUCAUCAACUCGAGCAAGUGCUCAGAGAAUCAUCCUCAAACCAACAAAUUCACAAUGUCGUACACAUCGACGGACUCUCACAACAAAGAACUUUGGGAUUCCGCCGCUGUUUGAGCCAACAACAACCCUCUCAGCUAAAGACAACAACCUCACCAUCUCCAGCGGAGACCGCUUCAUCCAAAUUCAAGAUGAGAAGCAUGGCGGCUGGACACGCCUUGAUGCCACUAUUCUUCGCGAUAGCUGUACAUGCACAACAUGCGUCGAUCCAGCCUCUGGUCAAAAGAGCUUUGCGACAACAGCAAUUCCCUCAGACAUCGCCAUUGACAACAUCCACACGACUUCAACCGGUGUGGGCAUCUCGUUUAAAAACGACAUGUAUAAAGAUCACGAGAUGAUCCUUCCUUGGAGUUCUGUCGACAAGGCGCUUGGCCAUGCACCAAUUGAGAGAAUGCCAUAUCCAAGACAAGACGCAGUGUAUCCCAAAACAGGGCGUACGUUCUGGGACAAAGCGACUAUUCAGCAACGUGUGCGAAAGAUUGACUAUCAUGAGUUCAUGAAGGGCGAUGAUGCAUUCUGGCAUACUCUUCUCGAUCUAUCGAAUCUCGGUCUUGUAUUUCUGAAGAACGUACCGCAUGAUGAGAACUCCAUCGUCAACAUUACAACACGCAUCGCAAAUAUUAAAGAAACCUUCUAUGGCCGCACUUUCGACGUUCGUGCUAAGCCAGACGCCGAGAAUGUAGCGUACACAAGCGGAUAUCUUGGUCUUCAUCAGGAUUUACUAUACCUCGAGAGUCCACCCGCAAUCCAACUUCUUCACUGCAUGGAAAACUCGUGCAACGGCGGAGAGUCUCUGUUUAGUGAUGGAUUGUUCGCUGGAAAGCUACUGUGGCUACAAAACUCCCCAACAGUCAAGAAUCUCGCUCGUGUCAAGAUUCCGUAUCACUAUGAGAAGCACGGAUACUUCUAUCGUCAGCAGCGAUCACUGUUUGACGUUGGACCAGAUGGAAAUCUCGCAGCUGUAUACUGGAGUCCGCCCUUUCAGAAUCAAUUCCAGGUUCCCGCCGUUGAUGCAAGAGCCUGGCUUGAACCAGCGCAGUUAUUCGAUGGGCUGAUCAAUGACCCCGAUGCCAUGUUCGAGAUGAAGAUGAAGCCAGGAGAGUGUGUGCUUUUCGAUAACAUGAGGGUCAUGCAUGGAAGGAAUCAGUUUGACGUUGGUGGAGGAUCGAGAUGGUUGAGAGGAGCGUAUAUUGCACGAGAGGAUCUUGUGAGCCGUGUGCUACAUGUGCCUGAAGCUUUGGCAGCGGAGUAUCGCAGUGGCAAGGAAUGGAGUCGCACGUUGGAGGAUGAAGAGUUGAAGGCGUCGAAGUGGUUUGACAAGGUCGGGGGACAGGUUGAGAGCGUUGUUGAUGGCUUAAAGAGAAAAGGAGCUGCGGAGUUGGGAGAAAGGGAUUACGAGGUGUUGAACUUGGGAUAG